CUCCGGUCUCCAUUUGCAAUUCAAAACUCCUCCUCCAGUUUCUUUCAGAGCACCAAACGGGACUGCGGUGAGCAAUCUCUCUCACUGUCGACUGGUGUGCGAGUGCGUUCACUCAUCAUCAUCAUCUUCGCAAUGUUGCACGAACUUCUACUGGCACUAUUGGGCUACACGGGAGACCUCAUAAUCGACGAGCGAGAAGACCAGAAAUCUCUCGGCAUUUUCUUAUCUCCCGACACUCCCAUCUCUGACGAACGCACCUUCAAGCUCGCUCCUGAUAUCUCUUUUCUUCAACCCAGCGAACGGGAUGUAAUUGAACGGAUAAUUACCUUAGGGUUUUACUACAGGGAACUUGACCGCUUUGCUGCAAAGUCGCGGAAUUUAAGUUGGAUAAGGUCUGCAAAUGAGUCUCCUAUGUCCCGAACUUCUGAAUUAAUCAAUGGGAAAAAGGAGAAGCAGAGUGUGUACAGGAGGGCCAUUGCUAAUGGCAUUGUUGAGGUGCUGUCAGUUUACAGGUCUGCUGUUCUACAAAUUGAGCAGAAGUUGUUGGCAGAUUCUGUGCCCAUCUUGGCAACAGUUACCCAAGGCCUCAAUAAGUUCUUUGUUCUUUUGCCGCCUCUUUAUGAGCUCAUUCUAGAGAUUGAGCGUGAAGAUAUUUGUGGAGGACGACUUCUUAACCUUUUGCACAAACGAUGCCAUUGUGGGGUGCCUGAACUACAGACAUGCAUCCAAAGGCUUCUUUGGCAUGGGCACCAGGUCAUGUAUAAUCAACUUGCUUCCUGGAUGGUUUAUGGGAUUCUUAAUGACCAGCAUGGAGAAUUUUUCAUUAGCAGGCAGGAAGACAGGGACACAGAACAUGACUCAUCUCAUUCCGAUAUGCUUGAAAAGUUUGCACGCAUGUCAACUAAUGAUGCAUCUCUAACGGAUUGGCACUUGGGAUUUCACAUUUCUUUGGAUAUGUUGCCAGAGUAUAUCCCCAUGCGUGUUGCAGAGUCCGUUCUUUUUGCUGGAAAAGCAGUCAGGGUUCUGCGGAAUCCAAGUCCUGCAUUCCGAUUUCAGGAUGCCGUGUACCAUCAACAGAAACCAAGAGGAUCACAAAGAAUUCAAGGAUUUAUGGAACGCUUUUCUUUCCAGAGGGAACCGUCUUUGGAUACAAAAAUUGGAGAAGAAUUACUUCCUCAGUCUGAGGCUGAUAAGAUUGAAGCUAUGCUUCAGAACCUGAAGGAAUCAUCUGAGUUCCACAAAAGAUCAUUUGGGUGUGCUAUGGACUCAAUUCAGGCUAUUGCUGCCAGUCACCUUUGGCAGCUUGUGGUUGUACGUGCCAACUUAAAUGGCCACUUGAAGGCCCUUAAAGACUACUUUCUUUUAGCCAAAGGUGAUUUCUUCCAGAGUUUUCUCGAAGAAAGUCGCCAGUUGAUGCGUCUACCACCUCGCCAGUCAACUGCUGAAUCUGAUCUUAUGGUCCCGUUUCAGCUGGCCGCAAUAAAGACCAUCAGUGAUGAAGACAAAUAUUUUCCAAGGGUGUCCUUGCGGAUGCCUGCCUUUGGAAUUUCAGUUAAAUCCUCCCAAGUGGAUUUGCCAAAGGCAAAAGCUUACAGCGAGGGAGACUCAAGCACACUAUCAGAUACAGCAGAGAUGUCACUUGAUGGUUGGGAUGGUAUUGCUCUUGAAUACUCUGUUGAUUGGCCCUUACAAUUGUUCUUUACACAAGAAGUUCUCUCGAAGUACCGCCGGAUCUUCCAAUAUUUGCUCCGGCUUAAGCGGACCCAAAUGGAAUUGGAGAAAUCAUGGGCUUCUGUGAUGCAUCAAGAUCACACAGAUUUUGCCAAACACCGCAACGACCGUAUGAACUGCUCCAUAUCUCAGCAGAGACGGCAACGUUUUAGACCAAUGUGGCGGGUUAGGGAGCAUAUGGCUUUCUUGAUUAGAAACCUUCAAUUUUAUAUCCAGGUGGACGUGAUUGAAUCUCAAUGGAAUGUAUUGCAAGCUCAUAUUCAGGAUUCUCGUGAUUUCACUGAACUGGUGGGCUUCCAUCAAGAGUACUUAUCAGCUUUAAUUUCACAAUCUUUCUUGGACAUUGGCUCUGUAUCAAGGAUACUGGACAGCAUAAUGAAACUUUGCCUGCAGUUCUGCUGGAAUAUUGAGAACCAAGAAAGCAGCUCAAAUACUGUUGAGCUGGAUCGUAUAACUGAGGAAUUUAACAAGACAUCAAACUCCUUAUACACCAUACUACGUAGCAGCAGGCUUGCCGGGAGUCAGAGAGCCCCAUUUCUUAGGCGUUUUCUUUUACGUCUAAACUUCAAUUACUUCUUUGAGACAACUGCUCGAGGCGUACUGAAUGUUGUCAGACCACGCCCAAUACUCCCAGUUUUGCAUUAGUAAUAAUGAAAUUAACAUUCAAUAUUCUCUGCUUUAGAACCGGCCAAGGUAUUGACUGUGAGGUAGUGCUCCAAUGGUCCUGGUUCAAAUGUAGAUAGAUUCUCAUAUGAUAGUUGAAAUUUAGUUGAUUCAUCGUCUCGUAGCUAAAGCUUGAAGGUUGAAUCCAAUGCUCGGCCUGCUGUUAGCCGGGCACUUUAGACACAUGGGCGGGGUUCAAUUGGACCACUGAACUUUUUUUUUUUUUGUUUUU